AUGGCUCUAAGUGGCAACUGCAGGACUUACCUUCCUCCUCGAGAGCAGGGGACUGGGCUGCACUCCUUCCCGGAGGUAGUGGAGCUAAACGUGGGCGGCCAGGUUUACUUCACUCGCCACUCCACCUUGGUUGGCACCCCUCACUCCCUGCUGUGGAAAAUGUUCACCCCAAAGAGAGACACAGCCAACGAUCUGGCCAAGGACUCCAAGGGAAGAUUCUUCAUCGACAGAGAUGGUUUCCUUUUCCGCUACAUUCUGGACUAUCUCAGGGACAAGCAAGUGGUUCUGCCUGACCACUUCCCAGAGAAGGGAAGGCUCAAGAGGGAGGCUGAGUACUUCCAGCUCCCGGACUUGGUCAAGCUCCUGACUCCCGACGACAACAAGCAAAGCCCCGACGAUUAUUGCCACAGUGACUAUGAAGAGGUCUCCCAAGGCAGUGACACGAGAAUAUGCCCACCCUCAUCGCUCUUACCGCCUGAUCGGAAGUGGGGAUUCAUUACCAUCGGGUACCGGGGGUCGUGCACUGUUGGCAGGGAGAGCCAAGCAGACGCCAAAUUCAGGAGGGUCCCGAGGAUUUUAGUUUGUGGGAGGAUUGCUCUGGUCAAAGAGGUCUUUGGAGAAAGUUUGAAUGAAAGCAGAGACCCAGACAGGGCUCCAGAAAGGUACACCUCCAGGUUUUAUCUCAAGUUCAAGCACCUGGAGAGGGCUUUCGACAUGUUGUCCGAGUGUGGAUUCCACAUGGUGGCCUGUAACUCCUCGGUGACAGCUUCCUUUGUCAACCAGUACACAGACGACAAGGUCUGGUCCAGCUACACUGAAUAUGUCUUCUACCCUGGAGCAAUAAAGCCAGGGGAGAGGAGAGCUGCUAGGCAAAAAGGAACAAAUAUAGAAGAAGUACAGAUGGAGGAAAAGGAGAGAAAAUUCACACACAAUCUGGAGAGAAAAGACUAG